AACGGGUGAAGCCGAAUGUUGCCGAAGGGUGCCGAGGUCUCGUCUCCAGGCAGCAUGGCGGCCGGAGUGGGGAUGGUCCGGUUCCGCGUGCCUCGGCUCAGCGGCAAGCCAUCAGUCCUAAGCGACGCGUCCCGGGCGCAGGUCGCUGUCAUGUGUUCGAUACGAUCUUCGAGUGGUCGGCCGAGUGCCGUGGUGCAUCAUGGUUUAUUACCGAUUAUUCUCCUGCUCGGUUUGCUCGGCGUUCUGGUGCCGCGCCCCGCAAAUGGCCAGGAGACCCUCACGAAUCGGAUGCGAGUGAUCAGCGAGGAUCUGGACCGGCAGCUGAAAGGGAUCAUGGCCACGGAGGUUUACAACUACACCACGGUGAACACGACCGGGCUGCCCUACAACGCCACCACGAAGUUCAACCCCAAGGGCAUGGGACAGCUGUACAACGUGACCAACACAUUCAUCGACUUUGUCCAGAGCAAGCAAGCCUAUCCCGAAGGGAUGAUCACGGUGGUGAACGGACAGGUCCAGUUCUCCCUAUCCGAAUGGCAGAUCAUCGUGACUCAUUACGGCGGUCUAGCUGGCCUAGCACUGAUCGGUCUACUCCUGGCUGCGAUUCUACCUUGCGUGGGGCUGUUCUUUUGUUGCUGUAGGUGCGCCGGCCAUUGCGGCGCCAGGAGUCAACCCUUCGACAAGAAGCACGACCAUUGCAAGAAGGUGAUGCUCAGCAUGGUGCUGAUCGGCGUUGCGACGAUCAUACUGUUCGGCGUGGUCUGCGCGUUCGUGACGAACGAGUACAUGCAGGAGGGCACCAAAGAGCUGCCGAGCAACGUGAUGAUCAGCCUGAAAGACGUGAAGCUCUACUUGAGCACGACGAAAGACCAGGUGAACACCGUACUCAAGACGAACUUCGACGAGCUCGAGGUCAACCUGAACAGCAUCCUGCAGGACAGCGGAAGGAUCGUCACCGAACAAUUGGCCAAAUAUUCUAACGCCGUCUCGUUGACGAACCUGAGCGAUUUCGUGACUGGUCUGGAGUCCGUCAAGAACGACCUAAGCAUCAUGCAGACGAUCACCAAGGAUCUACGGACAAACGCCAGCAAGUUGGCCGCCGAGGUGCGGUCCGUGAAGAGUGACCUGCUGCACACACUCUCGGCUUGCAAGACGCAGAGCUGCCAGCAAGUCCUGAACGAUUACAAAGUGAACGAAAUGUCGGUUGAUGUCGAAUUCGACAAGUACAUGGACCGAUACUUCCCGAAGCUUCAGUCUCUUCCGGACGUGACGUCCGCCCUGCAAAACAUCACCCAACUGAUGCAAGGCAACAUCGUGUCAGAUGUCAACCAGGGGAAAGAGUCCUUCCUCAAGAUACAGAAAGAUAUUCAGCAAGCGGUGAACCAGACCAUUCCCGUCGUCAGCGCCAGCAUCGGAAGAGCCAAACUCCAUCAGGCCGGUCUAGCCGACAACAUCACAGCACUCAUCGACAGACUCAGCGCUGACAUUGACAAGCUCUACGUUCGUCAUCUGGACGUCGCUUGGACUGCUAUCGAUCAGUAUUCACCGUACAGAUACUAUUUGGGAUUCGGUAUAUCCGGCAUACUGUUGACGGUCUUGAUGUGUCUGACCUUCGGCCUCUUCUGCGGGAUCUGUGGGAAACGUCCCGACGGUUACGGCGACGACUUCUGUAAUAAAGGUUCCGGAGCCAGAUUCUUGAUGAUGGCUGUGUGGACCAUCUUCCUAUUGACGAGCGUGUUAAUGGUGAUCACCGUGCUCCACAUGGUCACCGGUGUCCUGGUGCAACGAGCGAUCUGCGAACCUUUGAAAAAUCCUAAGGACAACAGAAUGUUCGCUCUGGUCGACGAGGUAGUGCAAAUCAAAAAAGUACUGUAUCCGAAGCAACCCAAUGCCGACUUGAACAUGAGCUACAUUAUCACAAAAUGCCAUUUGGACGACACCCUGUACAACGUGUUGAAACUGCAGUACCUGUUCGACGUGAAUUCGCUUCGAGAUUACGCGGGUCGCAACGAUAUCAACAAUACCAUACAACAGCUUUGCCAGAAGAUCAGUCUGUCGCCAGGUGUGGUGAUCCUAUCCGAUAGUGCCAAGUCGAAGCUGAACGAUCUGGCCAACAGCGGGCUCGACGAGAUCAAGUUCUAUCAAUUUGCCGAGAUACUGGCGAAAAACAUCACCAACAUCAAUCUGAUGCACCUGGCCAACCAACUAAGAGACGUGACCGGCAAGCUACCGGAGGACCAAAAAAGCAUUCGAGAUAGGUUGGAAGCGAUCGCGAGUCGUUUGGAAGUCACUCACAGAGAGCUCGUGACGCCUAUGGCGAUGCUGGGCAAGGAGCUCAGCAAGAAAGCACUGACACUUCAGGAAAACAUCAAGUUCAAUCACACCUCGAUGAAGGAGGCUAUCGACGAUCUUGUCGUAGAGGUCACAAAUUCGCAGGAGUUCCUGAACAAUAACGGACCGGAAUACGUUAAAAGUCUAGCAACCAAAUUCGGACAGUCCUUCAUCAGUCAAGUCGAUCAGUUUCUUGAACACAUCAUCGCUAGCGCGAACCUCGACAUUGGAAGAUGCGCUCCCGUUUCGAACGCGUACAAUGCUACGCUGGUCGCUGGGUGCAACAAGAUCUUGGAUCCAUUUAACGGUUUCUGGGCGAGCGUCGGCUGGUGUCUGAUCCUCUUCAUCCCGACCAUAGUACUCUGCGUGAAACUGAGCGCGUUAUACCAGAAAUCGGACCCGUAUCCAGGACCCCUAGUCGAAGCUGAAUAUUUGUAUGACGCGUACGCAGACAGGGAUAACAUACCCCUCGCUCAUGUUCACGACAAGAAGUACGCGUCUCACAGCAGACACCAUCCGUCUGCGUACGUGGAGAGCUACGACGGUCCUGCGGUCGGUUACGAGAGAGAGAGGAUCGCCGAUGCCCAUCAAAGCACAUCCCAUCAUGACUCUAGAUAUUCCGAUUUGGCGCCGAAUUCCACCCCCGCGUGUCGCAGCCACGCACCCACCGCCCCCUCCGAAACAGAACCUCGCAAUAGAAUCUUUAACGUAACGAUAGAAGCGCAAAACUGGGACUUCCCUAAUGGCGGUCCUCCUAGGUACCAACCCGCCGCUGCUGCUGCUCCUCUGCCCCUGAGCACGGAAUACGAACGACCGCCUCCCUAUUACUAUCCUGGGCCUGGUGCUCGUGGACCAGGCAGGAGAAAUGUGAAACGCAGUGGAAUGUCGAAAGAUUUUUUUCCAGGGACAGAAAUUAGGAAACAAGUGCCGUGGCAUGCACAAAGGUAGCGCUGAGUAGCGUGGCUACCCACAGUCUCACCCGCAGUUACAAAAGGACGCUCAAAAAGAAAGAGAAAUCCGGAUGCAAGCGAGACUAUGUUUAAAUAAAUAAAUGGUCGCGUGCAUUCCCGGUGAGCGUGCCACGGACCGUGCGAACGGAGCGAAUUUAAUUCAGUUUAAAGACCAACUUUGAUACAGACUGAGGUAGGCUAAAAAUCAGAUGGAUCCUUCGGCGAGCGCGAGUAGUGUGAGCUAUGCGUGUGCGAUUUUAUUCCUGUUCUACCCUGUUUCUAUUAGUAUUAUUUAACGAAAAUAUCCGAGUGCGAGAGAUGCGUGUAAAAGAGAAAGAGAGAGAGAGAGAAAGAGAAAGAAUGUGAUAUUCACGUCGAAUAGCCACGACCAUAUUUUUGUCUUGACCGUCUCCGUUUAUUUUACUCUGCUCGUUCGUUUUUAUCACUUGACUGAUCUUCGCCGUUUUUUGUUCCUUUCCGACGUAAAUUCCCGACUCCGAGUAUCAUUUUUCCGAAUCGACGAUUCUCGCAAAUCCUUCGUUCUCCCUUCCAGCAAGAGAGUACAGUUAUCGAAGCACUAAAUCAAACACUUUCACGCACACGACACUCUCGUUCGAUCCUCCUGCAAUGGCUCGCAAGAGUCAAAAAGCACCACCCCGAUCUUUCGUUUCUAGUUUAAACAACGAGCUUGUCGACGCCAGCACACGAAGCUGCCACAAUCCCCGACUGUACUCUCCCUCUCCUGUCCAGUAUUAAGUUCCGACUUGUUCCUCGCGAAACGAUUCGUUGAUAACGCGCGUGUACAUUCAGCCGCUUGUGUCUUAUCGAUUACUCCCGUGUUAAUGGUUUUUGCGUGAACUACCUAUCGGAGCAAUAACGACGGUCGACAGACCGAUCACGAUCGACAGUAGGCCGUAGACCGGACGCUCGCGCGAUCGAAGGAUCAACGUUCGAUCCUCUAGCAUUAGAAACCGUUUUGUAAAGCGUUCACCGUUCCGCAGGACCACCUUCGAUUUCCUCCGAAAAUCGACUCGACUCUCUGUCAACGAAUCCUUCCCGGCUAUUUUACGAGAUCUCCCCGAGUCACGUUUUAUCAUUGUCUCGUUCUACUAUCGGUCCUGGAACGGCGAUCGCUGAUCGAUUCUCAGUGUCUUGUGAAAACGCGCCCGACACGGGCUAGUUUCGCGCGUCUGUCGUUAAGAGAUCCUUUCGUAGACCUUCUGUUCACGUCGAAUGAUACUGCCGUCUUGGGAAUAGAACCUUGUUGCCGGCCGGUUUCACACGUCGGCCGGCAUCCGGCAGCCGUUUUGCGAGUCGUUUUCGGCUUCCGAGAACCCUUGUGCACCGAUCAACGCCAUAUUUAAAUGCCAAACGACGUUCUCCGCGUGGUCCACGGGGCUUCGAGGAUAGGAAAAUCCCAUGGGCCAUCGUGAUCGACCUUGCUCCCUCAGAGCCUGCAGAUACCAGCUUCCGCGACCGACCUCUGCACGCGUCUCGACUCCGAACUCCAGGUAGCAUACUUAAAUCUUUAGCAAGAGUUUCGUUCCUCCAGAUUCUUGCCAGAAUCGGGCCAUCGAAUGAUCGAAACGAACGAAUUUCGUGUUCGAUGGAACAAUGGAAAUGGUACGAUCCUCGCCGGAGAAUCGUCGUUCGGGUGCCAAGGCUUCGAGUAUUCGCUCGAACGUUUGGACGGUGGAGGCUGGUCUCUCGGCAAGGUCACCGCUACGAAAUACUCUAUGUAUAUGGUUCUUUAAGUAGACGUUUUUUCGUACUAUUAAACUUUACCGUGUAACUCACCGUGAGCUCUUUGAGGUUCCCGCGUCGCAUAGCGGUUCUAAAGCGUUCGAGUCUACGCGACGCGCGAACGAAGAAUCGAGUGCAACAUCCGUUUUUGAGCAUCCUGACGCGUCGGAAGAUGGUUUUCAAGAUCCUCUACCACCGGAGCAGAGAGCCGGGCAAUGAUCGAUCGAGAUCAAAGUUCGCAGUUUUAUCGAUUCACCCACGGUUAGGUGGAAUCGAUGUAUUUCAAUCGUCCGUCUACUCGACGAUGGAAUAUACACGUUUCAAUCGUCGGUCGACUCGAUGAGAUACUCGAUUCGGUGAACCUCUCGUGUCGAGUUGGUAUCGAGAAAAUUGGAAACUCGAUGGUCGGAUACGAUUGUUAAUUAAGUGAUCACUGCCGUAGAGAACCUAUUCGACACGGCCGCUGUCCUUUGCGACAGCGUGUUUUAACAUUUAACACACUUACACACUGUACGGUAGAUUACGCCGCCCAUGCUGACACGGUCUGCGAUCGACCGCUUAGCAGAUUGCCAAAACAAAAAAAUGAUAAAAAUGUGUUUGGAAAAAAAGCGCAAAAAAAAAGGAGAACGAAAGUGAGAGAAGAGAAAAGAGUACUUCCCCCGUAUUGUAUCGACACGUGGGAGCACAAAAGAUCGUUGCGGUGUUUUUUCUAAGGAGGAUAAGGAGUAAGUGAGAUUGGCGUGAGAGUAAACAUAGCUCGUAGAGUGAAUGCUAGAUAGAGAGCAAAAGAGAGAGAGAGAGUGAGAGUGAGAGAGCCUGCGCGCGAGGAGAUGAUGAUUUCCGCUCUAUCAUUAUCGUAUUUACAUACAAUGUCUAGCAUAGUGAAAAAUAAGCUACGUUUUUAGCGUUAAGCGUCGACGUUCAAAACGGACACGCAAAAACAGUAUCGUCGUCGUCGUACGUCGUACGUCGCUGUCGUCGUCGUCGGGGACCCGAGGAACCGCGAUCGUUCCCGUUUCUUCGUUCCCCUAAUCUCCCCAGUUUCUCCGUUCUCGAGGAUCAUUUCCACGCCUGGAGAAGAGACCCAUGGAAGAGGAAGACCUCCUUCAAGAUCCAGUUGUGCAGCACCCAGACGCAAGCCGGAGAACGAGUGCUGACCGACGAUGGUCCGAAGCUGUGCGGACUAUGAAAAUUUCGAAUUUCGUGUGCCAUUCACGGCACCGCGAAAACCCUCUUCUGGUGCUAUUUUUAUAAAGAUGGAAGUCGGUGUGCUGGCACUCCUUCUCCGCGCUGUCAACGUGGCGUCUGGCUCGAACGGGACACGAACUGCUAGGACGUAGGACUCGUUUUACAGCUGUCUGUACGAAACUGCGUGACACGUGUUAACGAUUCGUUCGUUUGCAGGGUGGACGUAUGUUAGACGGGGUAUCCAGCGUUCGUGGAAUCUUGUUCGAUGAUUUAGAAAUCGGUUCAGGCUGAAAGUAACGUUUUAAUAGCGUCCCAGAAGUGGUCUUGCCUAUGUUCGAAGUGUUGCCACUCUUCGAUCUUCGCUAAUUGGGAUCCCAAAAUUGCAAGGAGACGCGCGACGCUGUUAAAAUCUUGUUAGAAAAGAUUUGAGACAUCAAUUUCUUCCAGCCGCGUUUAGGAAAUUGAGUUCGGAUGAUUCUAACCGAUUGAACAAGAUUCUACGGAUGCUGAAUGCUGCUGUCUCGUGCCACCCUGGUUUCAGCCCGCGGUGGUCGGAGGCUCGCCCUAAUUCUAAGGAGGAACAUUUAGUUUCCAGAACUAAAAGCUUACCAAAUAGUUGCGAAUGUUUUGAAAGAAUAGCGCGCGAAAGAUAUUUUCAAGAAGUUUCAAAGGCGUAGCGUUUUCAGAGGUCUAAGAUUGCGUUCAAAGGCUCCGACUACCGACGGUUGGUACUAGUUUCGGACGGUUUCGCGACGUAUGUUUCCGUUCGGGGGUUCUCUUAAAUUCUCUGCUCAAUAAUUCGGAGCGCCCAUGACGUUCGAGCCGAGCGUUCUUCUACGUUUCUUUCGCUGGACUUCAGCAGCCAUUCCACCGGAAACUCGGAUUCUUGGAGUAUCGCGAGUGUAUCGUUCUCCGGACGUUUAUCCAAGAAUACGUUUCCGUUUCUGAAGAACGUCGGAUAUAUAUGUAUAUGUAUUUCGAUCGGAAAAUGUGCAAGUACGCGAACGUGGUGUACACGCCAUCGACUAUGGUGUUUUUACGAUUCACCGUUUGUGUUUGUUAAAAUUAAUUAUUAUUGAUAUUACGAUUAUUAUUAUUAUUA